GCGAAUUUGUUCUUCAUCAGGCUAAGCUUUUUCCGGAAAAGUCUUUGGGUAAGAUUUGUGCAUUUAACUCCUCGGCUUCUCCUGUAUGCACAGCAUUAUGAUUUCAAGUUCUUCUCUACGUCUUGUCCUGGCAAACUGUCGGGGAAUUUCAAAGCGCCAAGUAGCCCUUGUUUCGUUCAUGCGUAACGUUGUCAUAACUGGUGUUCCAUCUGCUCGAAGUGAUCAUUCAUUAUUGUUACGUUUCGGGAGACCAUUACAUACAUCUACCUUCAGAGUAGCAGAUAAACCUGCAGCAGGCAAUACUGCGAAAACAGAAGAAGGUGGAAAGAAUUUGGCGCUAAGGGACAGACUAAAGUCCGUCGUCGCAGAAUAUGGAUCAACAGCUAUAGUGUUUCAUGUGACUAUUUCUCUGACUUCCCUGGGGUUGUGUUAUACCGCAGUGAAAAGUGGAAUUGAUGUCCAAGCUGCUCUCCAGAAAAUUGGUGUUAGCCCAACAGUGUCAGAUUCCAGUGUUGCAACAGAGGCAAGCACUUUUGUGGUGGCAUAUGCUUGUCAUAAAGUUUUUGCUCCAUUGAGAAUGCUCAUGACCAUAAGCUGCACUCCACUCAUUGUCAGGAAGCUCCGCAAAAUGGGUAUUCUCAAGGAACCUUUGAGGCAGUAAUGAUUUACAGUGCAUAGUCUUCUCAGCAUUAUUUAAUAAGCUGAAUGGUACAUGCAUUUUGAAUGUGUCUUCUUUGUGAUUUAUUAGAGGACAGAUACAUAUAUUUACCACCAUAAACAUUUUUAUAUUUAUUAUGUAAAACAAGUAGAUUCUAUGUUGCUGUGGGUGUAUACCAUAACAGUUCAGCCUUGUGUGCCACUUUUUUUUGUUUUUACCACAAUUUGACAUCAUCUGUGAUCUAUUACUUAACAGACACAUGGCAACAUGGAAUCUACUUGUUAAUUCCUUGCAUAGAAGGUGUUUUGUGAUUGAUAAUUAAAAAUGCUAAUUAAAAGCAAAGGUUAUGAUUUCACUAAUUAGGGGUAAAUUUCUUCGCACCACUUUUUGUAAUGAAAGAUUACACAAGAAUAUUCUUCUAUGUAACUGUAAAUAUAUUUGUCAGAGGACAAUAAAGGAAAUGUUCAGCAUGUGUAUAA